GGCGUCCUAGUGCAGAUUCGGCACGGCGCGGCAGCGUUGCGUGAGCCAUGAGAGCGGCGAAGGUUGAUGAGAAGGGUCGGCCCGGUCACUGACGCGACUUUCUUUGUUCGACGUGUCUGUAGAAUGUUGCACAAGCUUCACCGCCUCGCCAGUAUCUCUAUAUAUUACGCAGCAGCAACGCGACACAUUGCUCUACCACAACUUCGCAACAACAGACCAAACAACCCCCCUCCUCCAUGGAUCCGACCGAAGGCAUGGACGAGCAUGAGAAUCCGGCCCAGUACUGGGGUGCAAACUCGAACACCGGAAGCGGCGCCGGCCAGAGUUGCAGUCCGCGACGCCUAUCGCCCAACAAUCCUCUAUCCACAAUUAACGAGCCCUAUACGCUGGCGGCUAGCCCUGAGAACAAAUGGAGGCCAAGGUCGGCAUUCCAUGCAACAACUCACGAGACGAACGAUGACCACUUGCCCUCCAUCGCGGACGCCGCCGGACACACCGCGCUCGUCCAGCUGCGCAAUCUCCGCGCCGAGAAUGCCCAUCUUACCAAAUUAGCUUCUCUGUGGAAGCAGAACUACGAGCAGCUGAGAGACCAACGCAGCACUACUGUGGCAGAUUGGAAGAACAUAGUCGACAAGGAGCACGAGCGGUACGACGCCGUUGAAUUGGAGUUGCGACGGAAGCGAGGGGAGGUCGAGAAGCUCGGCAGCACGUUGUACAGGCUUGAGUGGGAGUACAACAAAUUGAAGCGGCGGUUCAGGGAGUUGCAAGUGGAAGACAAGGGCGUACAGGCCCCAGUGGACGCAGCGCAGGAACUUGAGUUGCAAGUGACGCAACCGACAGGUGAGCGAGACCAGCUUAAGGGCGAACUCGAAAACGUCAAAGGCCAACAAGAGACUGAGGAGAAAGUGCUCGUGAAGAAAUCCAAGGAAAUACUCCGUGCAGUCCUUCGCGAACUGAGAAACCACGACCUCGCCCGCUCACACCUGCUCUCGAAUUUCGCCGACGAGAGCGUAGAGUACAUAACCACCCGCUUCAAGGAUCUCAUGACGGAGUUCGACGAAAUGCGUCGCAACGAUUCGGACACUUCGAAAGCGCUUUCCGCACAAAUUCAGCCCAGCGAUACCUUUGCCGACGCGAUAAUGCGCGCCUAUCAGCAUCUGGAUGAACGGCCGGCGGACAUGAAGGGCAGCCAGGAUGUCACCCGGGAUGGCAUCAAGCAACUCUUUGAGCUGGUGUACAGCGAGAAGUUCAUCCACUUGGGAUAUUUGCCGGAGACGAAUGAGGACAAGUGGCUGCCAGGAAUGGACGCGUACGUUGUGCUGGCCAAUAGCGGCAACGACGCGGCUCAGGAGAAGGAUGAGGCUGAAGACGCUGAGAAACGGAGCUCCGACGAGGAUGAGUUGUGA